AUGCUGAUUAAGAAGAGAAAUGCAUCUGGCGACAAGAAGAACGAAACUAGCUUUAGCAAAAGUAGUGGGAGUGCAGCAGUUUCAAACGGAAAAGUCAAGUCUGAGGAGGACUCCCCUUUCGAGGAAAUCAAAGACUACGAUGGCGAAAGCGGAGUAAACGACAAGGACGAUAAGGACGAGAACGAGGUCGACGAGCAUGCGGAAAGACCCUCGGUUAGUCGCCUGCCGCUGGGCAAGAAACACCACCACCAUCGCCACCACCAUGACAAGAAGAAGAGCAAGAAAAUACGAGAGUCUCGAAGAGUGAUGUUUACACUUGGGGCGGUGCUUGGGCUCGUGCUCACGGUGCUUUUCACGGCAGGAAGGCACACGCUCCCCACGGACCUCGAUAAACUUGUCAAUAUCAACCAGUUGAAUAGCAUAUUUGACGAUUGGAAGAGCUGGAAGGAUAUCUUGCCCAUUGGAUUGCAGUCGUAUUUGCAAAACGCCGACUCGGAGAAUGCCAUGCAAGGAUCGGCCGAUUCGUUUAGUGUUGGUCAACGGUUAAAGGCUCUGAAAAAUUAUACAAGCAAAUAUAAUGUGGUGUUGGUGCCUGGUGUCAUCUCGACAGGGUUGGAGUCUUGGGGCACAACGACAACGGGGGAGUGUCCGUCUAUAGGUUACUUUAGAAAAAGAUUGUGGGGGUCGUUCUACAUGUUGAGGACGAUGAUUCUUGACAAGACGUGCUGGUUAAAGUCGAUCAAGUUGGACGAGGAAACGGGGCUCGACCCGCCGCUAGUGAAGGUCCGCGCAGCUCAGGGUUUUGAAGCUGCCGAUUUUUUUUUAGCUGGGUAUUGGAUCUGGAACAAGAUUUUACAGAAUUUGGCCGUGAUUGGAUACAGCCCUGAUAAUAUGAUUAGUGCCGCAUACGACUGGAGACUACUCUACAUCGACUUGGAGAGGAGAGAUGGCUAUUUCACCAAGUUAAAGACCCAGGUUGAGUUGAAUAAAAAUUUUAAUGGCCAAAAAUCGAUAUUGGUGGGCCACUCAAUGGGCUCUCAAGUGAUUUACUAUUUCUUGAAAUGGGUCGAGGCUAGUGGACAAGACUUUGGCAACGGUGGACCCGAGUGGGUGAAUGAAUACAUCGAGGCCUAUGUGGACAUUAGUGGGUCGAUGUUGGGAACUCCCAAGACGAUACCCGCGUUGCUCUCGGGAGAGAUGAAGGAUACUGUCCAGUUGAACGCACUUGCCGUGUAUGGGUUGGAGCAGUUUUUCAGUAGAAGAGAAAGAGUCGAUCUCUUGAGAACUUUUGGCGGAGUUGCCAGCAUGUUCCCCAAAGGUGGCGAUGUCAUUUGGGGCAACCUCACAUAUGCACCCGAUGACCCCGUCAACACUUUUGAGACAAAUGACACAGACAUUACCAUGGAUGGACCCAAGCUGGGUUCCUUUGGAUCUUUUAUCCAAAUCACACGCAAGGACGGCAACGAGGCCAAUUUCACAAUCGAGCAAAGCUUACACGAGCUUCUCGCGGAAGCACCUGCGUGGUACUCCAAGCGAGUGCGUGAAAAUUACAGCGGAGGCAUUGCACGAACAGCACGACAAUUGGCUGCCAACAACCACGACCAACUGAAGUGGGCCAACCCUUUGGAAGCCGCGUUACCAAAUGCCCCCAAUCUCAAAGUUUACUGUUUCUACGGUGUCGGCAACCCCACCGAACGAGCAUAUAAAUAUGUGCCCGCUGACAAGGCGACUAAACUAGACUAUGUCAUUGACCGCGACGCCCGCGAUGGAGUGAUGAUGGGCGAUGGUGAUGGGACUGUGUCGCUAUUGACGCAUAGCAUGUGCCACGAGUGGCAAAAGGGGGCCAAGUCGAGGUAUAACCCGGGAAACGUUGAUGUGACGAUUGUCGAGAUCAAGCAUGAGCCGGACAGAUUUGAUUUGCGGGGCGGUGCUAAAACGGCUGAACAUGUUGACAUUUUGGGAAGCGCGGAGUUGAACGAGUUGGUGUUGACGGUGGCGUCGGGCCAUGGGCACGAGAUCAAGGAUCGAUUCGUGAGUAAUUUGAAGCAGAUUGUAGCUUGUUUAGACAUAUAA